CCAGUUCUCGCUCUCGCAAGAGUUCUGGUCUUCCCUGUUGUUGGGUCUGCCUGUUGGUGGUCUGGUGCCCCAUCGUAUACGGAAGCAGCCGCCGUCCUCUUCGAUUAUCCCUCUCUUCUUCCCUCGGUAUCUCACCUUCGGCAAGUUUUCAUUUUCUGAGCCUGGAAUGUUGACAAGCAAACGAAGCCGCUCAGCCUGUUCCGGCGUCAACCCGUCUUCUCUCUAUUCUGUUCCUCUCACGGCCAGGAAGCCGUGAUCCAUUUUGUAUUGCUUCCCGUCUACCACUGUUUUGAGUUGUUGGGAGUCUUGGUUCUUGUCUGCUGGAUUCAGUAGCACCAAGGCUACCUUUUUUUUUUCUUCGUUUUCCUACUUCUUCUCCUUCUUCCUUUCUGGUCGCAUCUAGUCGAUGGACGCCUUACCUGACGAGUUGAUCCAAUGCAUUCUUUCUUACAUUCAAAACGCACGAGACGUAGCGUCCUGCACUUGUGUGUCGAAACGAUGGAAGAACUCGAUCCCUUUCAUAAGGAGCCUCUAUUUUCCGAGGAACUCUUUUGAUGAUUAUCAGUCGGACGCCAUUGUUGGGAGAAUGAUUUUGUCGAGUUUGGAUUUGGAGGAGUUGGUCAUCUUCUGCCCCUUCCCCGUUGACAGCCUGAGCUCUUGGUUAGAUAGAAGUCCUGGACUGAGGCGGCUCGAGCUUCGGGUGGACAACCUGGGGGAGAAGAGACCGUCGUCGUCGACAACUGCGAGGUCCACCCAGUUGGACUGCAUCAGCCGAGUCAGUGGGUUGGAGACCCUGAAACUAUGGGGCGUCCUCCUGACGGAUCCGCCUCGGUGGUGCACGCUCCGGCGACUGCACACCCUGGAGAUAGUGGGGGCACGCCUCACCAAUCCCUCUCUAUCCGACCUUCUUCGCUCGUGUCCAAAUUUGGUUAACCUGGCACUGCUCGGGUGCGAUGGGGUUAGGACUGUCUCUCUGGAGAUGCAGCAGCUACAGGAGUGCAGGUUGGAUUUCUACGGCCUCGGUGAUUGCUCCGUGUCCGUGAACGCUCCGAAGCUACGGUGGCUUGAGAUACAAGGGGCCGACCGGAUUCGCCUUCAUCAUAACCAGCAUCUGAAACAUCUCUCCAUCGCAAACAGCGCAGGUAAAAUCAUCAAGGUAGAAACUGGGAAGCUGAGCUCUUUAGAGUUUUUGUCCAUGAGGGGGGUGCAAUGGUGUUGGGAUGCUGUAAAUUCAGUUCUGUGUUCGGCAACGGAGGUGAAACAUCUGGUUAUGAAAAUUGAAUUCAGUGGUGACUCUGAUCGCCUGCAGCCAUUUCCAGAGGUCGACCUGGUGGAAUUCUUCAAUGCACAUAAAAAGAUAACCAAAUUUGAGAUCCAUGGUGCUAUGUUCGCUGCGCUGUGCCAAAAGAAUAGCUUAAGAAAUAUAGAUUCAGGGUUUGCAAUUCCCAAUCUUGAAGAGGUGCUUAUCACAGUCAGAUCUCCUCUAAAUGCAGAACAGAAGAUGAACACACUUGAAUCCUUGGUCAAGCAUAGCAGGCGACUCCGAAGGAUGGUAAUUAGGGUCUCCCAAAUGAAGAACUGCAAUGAGAGCGCCGACAAAUUCUUUGAAGAAAUUUGCAGGUUCAAGAAUCGGAAUAGGAAAGUCAAGAUUGAAUAAUGUGAUUCUUAUUUGUAUUGUCAUUAGCCAUAAAUGGGACAUAUACCACACGUGAAAUUGUGGAUAUAUCCCAAACUUUCCAUAGAAAAUGGCAAGCAAAUUGAAUAUGGCAUGCAAUUAAGUUACCAUAAAGUUUGCAAUUUUCAAUUAUCAACGGAACUUGUUGGCAAAACCUGCUAAGAAGAAAAUCCAUCAAGGGUCUGCAAGAAGGUGUCUACAUUUUACAGAAUAUUCUUCCAAAUUGGUUG